UUUCCGACCCUAUACGUAACUAAAGAGAGACUCCACUUUCUCAGGAAUCAGAGAGAAAAUUUCAUGGCAAUUUCCCCUUUCUGUUUCCUUCUCCUUCUCUUCCUUUCUCUCACCUCUCUAGUCUUCUCUUCACCAUCAUCAGACCGUCCACAGACCUUCAUCGUCCAUGUGUUGAAAUCACACAAGCCCGUCUUGUUCUCUUCCCACCAUGACUGGUACACAUCCAUAAUCCGAUCUCUUCCUUCCUCUUCUCCCUCCAGCAAGAUCCUCUACACCUAUGAUCGCGCCAUCAAUGGCUUCUCUGCCCACCUCACUGCCGGCCAAGCUGAUGAACUUCGGCAAUAUCUCGGCGUCCUCUCCGUCAUCCCUGACCAGAUUCGCCAGCUCCACACUACCCGUACUCCUCACUUUUUAGGCCUUACUAAUGGGUCUGGGCUUUGGCUUAAUGGCGCUUACGGUGAAGACGUGAUUAUCGGUGUUUUGGACACUGGUAUAUGGCCGGAACAUCCGAGUUUUUCGGACUCCGGUUUAACUCCUGUUCCGGCUAAUUGGAAAGGUAUUUGCGAGAUAUCGGCCGAUUUUCCUGCUUCUUCUUGUAAUCGGAAACUAAUCGGUGCAAGAGCUUUUUAUAAAGGUUUUGUAUCAUAUCACGGAAAACCAAUUGAUGAAUCGAGGGAUUCAGCUUCUCCUAGAGAUACAGAAGGUCAUGGAACCCAUACAGCAUCAACGGCAGGUGGGUCUUUUGUUCAAAACGCAAGCUUUUACCAAUUUGCGCGGGGAGAAGCACGUGGUAUGGCUUCAAAGGCAAGAAUUGCUGCUUAUAAGAUUUGUUGGAGCAUUGGUUGCUUUGACUCUGAUAUUCUUGCGGCCAUGGAUCAAGCCAUUGCCGAUGGUGUUCAUGUUAUCUCAUUAUCUGUUGGUGCUACUGGUUAUGCUCCUCAAUAUGAUCAUGACUCGAUAGCGGUUGGAGCAUUUGGUGCAACCCAAAAUGGAAUUGUAGUUUCUUGCUCUGCAGGAAAUUCUGGUCCAGAUCCUUUUACAGCUGUUAACAUCGCGCCUUGGAUUCUUACUGUUGGUGCUUCCACCAUUGACAGAGAGUUUCCAGCUGAUGUCGUGCUCGGAAACGGGAUGACUUUUGGUGGGGUAUCACUCUACUCCGGCGAGCCAUUAGUAGAUUACAAGCUUCCUUUAAUAUAUGCUGGUGAUUGUGGAAAUAGAUAUUGUCUUAUAGGAGGUAUAAGUCCAUCAAAAGUUCAAGGGAAAAUUGUUGUAUGCGAUCGCGGAGUAAAUGCAAGAGUAGAGAAAGGAGCAGCGGUUAAGCUUGCAGGUGGCCUUGGAAUGAUAUUAGCAAACACAGCAGACAGCGGUGAAGAGUUAAUUGCUGACUCUCAUCUUCUGCCAGCUACAAUGGUAGGUGAAAUUGCUGGUAAUCAGAUUAAACAAUAUAUCAAAUUUGGUCAAUAUCCUACUGCAACAAUUGUUUUUGAGGGAACAGUAAUUGGGAAUUCACCACCAGCACCUAAAGUAGCUGCCUUUUCUAGCCGUGGACCAAACCAUUUGACACCAGAGAUUCUAAAGCCAGAUGUUAUAGCUCCUGGGGUCAAUAUCUUGGCUGGUUGGACUGGAGCUGCUUCUCCAACAGAUUUAGACAUUGAUCCUAGAAGAGUUCAGUUUAACAUAAUUUCAGGUACUUCAAUGUCUUGUCCACAUGUUAGUGGAAUUGCUGCUUUGCUUCGAAAGGCAUAUACGGAUUGGUCACCUGCUGCUAUAAAAUCAGCUCUAAUAACUACUGCUUAUAGCUUGGAUAAUUCUGGUGAAAACAUUCUUGAUCUUGCUAGUGGCAAAGAAUCAACAGCCUUUGUUCAUGGAGCUGGUCAUGUGGAUCCUAAUAGUGCUCUGGAUCCUGGACUAGUGUAUGACUUGGAAACUCGUGACUUUAUCUUAUUUCUUUGCACAAUUGGGUAUGAUUCGAAGCGAAUUUCAGUUUUUAUUGGAGAGCCUGCAAGUUUAAAUGUAUGUGAUCAAAAAUUGAGUAGUCCAGGCAAUCUCAACUACCCAUCAUUCUCUGUAGUUUUUGAUUCCAGCUCUGAUGUAGUUACAUAUAAGAGAGUGGUGAAGAACGUUGGAAGUUCUGUUAAUGCAGUUUAUGAGGCCAAGGUGAAUGCUCCUGCAAAUGUUGAUAUCAAGCUUUCAACGAGUAAACUUGAGUUCAGUGCAGAGAAUAAGAGCUUAUCCUAUGAGAUUACAUUCUCUAGUGCUAGCUUGGGUUUGUCUAGUUUUGGCUCACAAAGCUUUGGAUCAAUUGAGUGGAGUGAUGGAACUCACCGAGUUAGGAGUCCUAUUGCUGUUAAGUGGCUGGAAGGAUCAUCAAAGGCUUCCAUUUGAGUUCCAAGCGGAUAGAUUGCAUUAUUUAUUGUCUGAAGAUAGAGAGGAAUGAGCAUGGGAUAAAGGAACCUGAUUUGGAUUGUCUUCUUAUUGUGUGGUUCUCUUAGUUUGUGCAAUGUAUCAGCUUUCUGUACAAAAUUAAAUUAACUCUGCUUUAGUAUUUCUCACUUUGCUGAGAUUUCAACGUAUUUACUAUGGGUCGAUAUAGGAAUAGAUCCGUUAACGUAUCGGAAUGCAAUAAAAAUUUGUUUCUUGUUAGGUCUUAUGCACUUGUUGAAUAUAAAGCUUCACUUGACGCAUUUUUGAA